UGCAGGCAAACGGCAGCAGUAGAGGGGCUCGCAGGCGUCAUGAUCUGUUCUAACUCUGCAGCAGCCAGCUGGACUCAGGGAUGAUCAUGCAACAGAUGGCAGAGUGAGAAGACAACAAAUGGCUUCUACAGGAAAUGGCCUCCGAAUUCAGGGGGAUGAUAACCUCCAGUCCAUGCUGGUGGGCACGGUGAUGAGGAAAAUCAAGUCUCGUACCUGGAAGAAGCCACGAUACUUCAGGCUGCAGGAUGACUGCAUGACCAUCUGGUACCAGUCUAAAAAGGCUGGCAAUAUUCACUCGACAUUCUCUGUGAAUGAUGUGGAAGCAGUUCGAGAGGGUCACCAGAGUGAGGUUCUGCUCAGUAUUGCAGAUGAAUUCCCACCCAACAGAUGCUUCACGCUGGUCUUUCGGGGUCGCAGGGGCAACUUGGAUUUGGUGGCUGAGUCAGCUGAGGAAGCACAGUCCUGGAUCAGGGGCAUGAGGAAACUGAUUGAGAAUGUGGAAAACAUGGGCGAGAGGGAGAAACUCGAUCAAUGGAUUGGUGACUGGUUCAAGAAGGCAGACAAGAACAAUGAUGGCAGGAUGAACUUUAAGGAAGUUCAAGACCUGCUGAAGAUGAUGAAUGUGGACAUGAAUGAACAACAUGCCCACCGCCUUUUUACAAUGGCUGAUAAGUCCCAGUCAGGUACCCUGGAGGAUGAUGAGUUUGUCAUCUUUUACAAGAUGUUGACCCAGCGAGAGGAUAUACUGAGGGUUUUUCAAGAAUACUCAGCUGAUGGUCAGAAACUAUCCCAGAGCGACCUCGAGGACUUCCUAAGAGAGGAACAGCUGGAGGGGGAUGAUGUCCAACUGCACGCCAAGCAGCUCAUUGAAUGCUAUGAACCCUCAGACACAGCCAAGCUGCUGAAUGCCAUGACAUUUGAUGGCUUUUUGAUGUACCUUGGCUCAGCUGAAGGUUCCAUCUUCAACCCACGGCGGAGGGUGGUCUUCCAGGAUAUGACUCAGCCACUGUGUCAUUACUUCAUUUCCUCCUCCCACAACACCUACCUGAUGGAGGACCAGCUCCGAGGACAGAGCAGUGUGGAAGGAUACAUCAGGGCUCUGAAUCGUAGCUGCCGAUGUGUGGAAGUUGACUGCUGGGAUGGUGCCAAUGGAGAGCCCAUUGUCUAUCAUGGACACACUUUCACCUCCAAGAUACUUUUCAAGGAUGUGGUCAGUGCUGUGAGCAACUAUGCCUUCAAGGUGUCAGAAUAUCCAGUCAUCCUGUCCAUUGAGAACCACUGCAGUGUUGAACAACAGAGAGUUAUGGCACAACAUCUAAACCACAUUCUCGGUGACAAGUUGUUGAAAAGCACACUGGAUGGCAAGGCCCCCAUCAGGCUGCCCUCUCCUGAGGAUCUUAAGGGGAAAAUUCUUGUAAAGGCAAAGAAAAAUGGUGGUUUAGAACAAAGUUUCAAUGGAAUGGUGGAAGAUUCUCUGACCGGGGAGUUCAGCGAUGAAGAUGAUGGGGCUGAAAUUGAUGAAGAUAACCCACACCACGAGAGUAAAACGGACCCAGACGCAGAGGCAACAAGGUCAAAGCAGCACCUAUCUAAGGAGUUGUCAGACUGUGUUGUUUACUGCAAAAGUGUCCAUUUCACUAGCUUCAAACACUCACGUAUUCACUCCAAGUUCUACGAGGUGGCCUCUUUCACAGAGUCUAAAGCCCGAAAACACCUUAGAGACGCUGGGGCUGAAUUUGUUCACCAUAACUCACGGCAACUGAGCAGAGUGUAUCCCAGUGGUUUUCGAACUGAUUCCUCCAAUUUUAAUCCUCAGGAAAUGUGGAAUGCUGGGUGCCAAACCGUUGCUUUAAACUUCCAGACAGCAGGGGAGGGGAUGGAUCUGAAUGAUGGACUUUUCAGUCAGAAUGGCUACUGUGGCUACGUCUUGAAGCCCAGCUUCAUGAGAGAGACCGAGAAAAGGUUCGAUCCUGAGAUGCCUCAAAAACGGGAUGACUAUCAUCCUGUUGUCCUCACCAUACAGGUGAUCAGUGGUCAGCAGUUGCCCAAAGUCAACAUCAAAGAGGAUUCCAUAGUGGAUCCUCUUGUGAGAGUGGAGAUCCAUGGAGUUCCUAUGGACCAGGCCAAACAGGAGACGAGAUAUAUUGAGAACAAUGGGUUUAACCCCAUGUGGAAUGACACUCUGCAUUUUACCAUUCACACACCUGAGCUGGCCAUGGUGCGCUUUGUGGUGGAAGACUAUGACAAGACAUCUAAGAAUGACUUUGUGGGCCAGUACACACUUCCUCUGAGCUGCAUGCAGCAAGGUUAUCGUCACAUCCACCUUCUGUCCAAAGAUGGAACCAGUAUACCUCCCUCCUCCUUAUUUGUUCACCUCAGGAUCACAGAUUUGGAAUAAACUUUCUUUAUACUUACAGAUCAUCAUAUUUAUUGAUGAGAAAACACACUAUUAAAAAUAUAUUGAUGCCACUAAUACAAUGCCAAAUGUUUAGUGGUUCUCAGGCAGAACAAGUAUAUCAGAUCUACAUGUUUGUGUUUUGUUCCCUGUAGUGUGUCUUGUAGUCAUUUACUUGAACUCCUGUUUAGUGCAUGAUGAGCUCCGUAGGAGAAUGUGCCACCCUAAGUUUAGAUCGAUGUACUGUAGAUUUUCUUUUGUGGGCAGCAGGUCAUGGACGAUCUCUGAGGUCCUCAGCUUUCACUCCGGUCAAAGUGCAGCACUACACACUACAUCUAUGCAGAGUGGUUUUCUGCUUGGAAAGUUGAAGUUGGGAGGAAAAAUACCGAUUCAUUUCAGCUCAUACAGAAUUUGUAAAUUUGAUUUUCAAAGUCUUUGGGAGUGAAUUAUUUUGAAAUUAAACUGAGGUUUUAGUGAUAAUAACAUAUUCAAAUGAAAGUGUAAAUAUCUGACUUUGAGUGGUUAGUAGUGGUCAGACUAGAAAAGCACUAUAUAAAUGUAAGCAGAUUAACAGCUGCUCAGUCUAAUGCAGUACAACACAGCUGAUGCAUCAGCAGUUUUAUGGGAAUACGUCAGUCCAUCCAUUCAUUUUCUUCUGUUUAUCCAGUUCAGGGUUGCAUGGGAGCUGGAGCAUAUCCAAGUAUCCCUGCCUGGAAUAUACAUUUUUUAUACAAAUAAUUGAGUUUAUCUCUCCUCUUAAAUUUUAAAAAUCUUCUUUAAUACUGUUUCUGUGUUCUUGAUAAACAUGAUUCAUUAACCUGUCUGUUAACUGAACAAACUGAAAGGUGAUAAUUUUACACUUGUUAUUGAUAUUUUGUCCUCAGUGCUAACAUACAAAAGUUUAGGAAUACAAGCUGUGAAAGUGAAAGCUUUGUAAAAGUAGAGUUUAUAGUAGAGCUGUGGUGUUGGGUAGCAUUAGAAGUGUUCCUUAUAAAGCGCUCAUUAAGUGUAAAAAUG